GUGGAUCCCUGUAUUCGCUCCAUGAUGGCGUUGCAGGAGGAGCGGGGCAGCACCUCCUACAGCGAGCUACAGGACGAGGUGACCCGGAGGAGCCUGACUCAGCCUGCGGACAUCAUGCCGCCGCCACUGAGGUGGAGCAGGCUGCCCGGACAGGUGUGUCGGAUUCCCAACAAGCCCGUGCUGUCGCUGCGGGGGGGGCACAUGGGCUGCCUCACUGUGCUCUUCUCUCACUGCGGCACCCUGCUGGCGGCUGCGUGUGCUGACAGAGACGCCUUCCCUGUGAUCGUGUAUGAGAUCCCCUCUGGAAGGGCUCUGGCUGCCUUCAGUGGUCAUCUGAAGGUCGUGUACGAUCUGUGCUGGGCCCGAGACGACCGCAGCCUCCUGUCGGCCUCCUCUGAUGGAACGGUCCGAGAGUGGAACGUGGAGAGGCUGCAAGUCUCGGCGCAGAAGGUUCUCCCCCACCCGUCCUUUGUGUACUGCGCUCAGUACCACCCCACCGCCCCCAGCCUGGUGCUGACCGGGGGCUACGACUCUCUGCUGCGACUGUGGAGGCUCGACGUGGACGAUGUGAACGGACAACUGCUGCAGGAGUUCGAGGGUCACAACAGCUUCAUCAACUCUGUUUGUUUUGACUCUGAAGGACGGAGGAUGUUCUCUGCAGACAGCUCCGGCCUCAUCCUUGUGUGGAAAACGCCCGUAAACGACAGUAAGAAGAAUGCGGUGUGUCAGCGCUGGUGUGUGGAGAAGAAAAUAUCUGAGAGUGAGCUGAGUGGCGUCCCUAUCAACAUGCUGCAGCUCCACCCUAACGGACGGUGCCUGCUCAUCCACGCCAAGGACAGCGUGUUGAGGAUGAUGGACCUGAGAAUCCUGGCAGUGAAGAAGUACAGCGGAGCCACAAACUACAGGGAGAGGAUCUGCAGCACCUUCACGCCCUGUGGGAACUUCCUGUUCUCCGGCAGUGAGGACGGGAUGGCGUACGUGUGGAACACAGACACCGGUGACCAGGUGGCCGUCUACUCUGAGCUGUGCUACCCCACCGCUCUCCACGGCGUCUCCUUCCACCCGCACGAGAACAUGGUGGCUUUCAGCGCCUUCGGUCAGAGCCAGCUGGUCCACGUUUACCUGUACGAUCGCAAAGUGUCCCAGCUGGAGGUGCACAAUAUAAAAGCUGCCAGCAGAUCCACUUCUACAGACACCAGAACCCUGAGAAACACUCCCGACCCGCCGGCCUUACAGGACUCUGCAGCUUCAACCAUGGAGCAGUUUGCCCAGGCUACAAGACUCGCCCUGAAGAUGCAGAGUGUGAAGGAGCAGCUGGAUUCAGUACUCGAGCCUCAUGAGAGAUCUUCUGGACAGCUGAGUGAGCGAGACACAAUGAGCCUCAUUCACACAGGGAGGAGCUUCACCAGGGACUCUACGGGGUUCAAUGUUUCGCUGCUGCCUCCGUCUCUGUUGUCUCCGCACGCCAACCUGCAGCUCUCUGCAGCGGAGCAGCUGAUGCCCCUGAACGCUCUGAGCACACACAGCGGGUUCAGUCCAGUCGGUCAGCGUCUGAAAGCAGCUUCAUCCUUCAGGCUGCAGACGAGUCUUCCUGACGUUUCUGCAGGAGUGGAAACAGAUUCUGCUCUCGUUCAACAAGUCGUCGUCUCGCUCUACGACUACAAAGCGAACCGCUCUGAUGAGCUGAGCACGCGGCGCGGUGACGUCAUCCAGGUGCUGUACAAAGACAACGACAGCUGGUGGUUUGGUCGUCGGUCCGACGGGCAGCAGGGAUAUUUUCUAGCUUCUUAUGUCACCGAUCAGAGAGAUCUGAAUGAACAGGAGACUCAGGCAGGCCGGUCUGAGGACACGGAGAGGUCCACGCCAACCAGGGUUUCUGCUGCCAUCAGUUCUUCUGGGGAGCUUCAGUUUCUCUCUGAGCCGACGCUGUCAGACACAGAGCCUGAGCAGCCUGAAGCCAGAGCGAGAAGGAAGAAGAAGAAGAAGGUGAAGAAGCUCGCUGCUCCUCCGCUCUCGUGUUCAGACGCUGCUCAGGAGACGAGCUGCAGGAGGAGAGACCGACCGCUGCCCAAGAGACCGACGGGCCGGAGUAACGACGCCUUCCAGCCCGACACGUGAGCCACAGACAGACAGACAGACAGACAGACAGACAGACAGACACAGAGACAGACAGACAGACAGACAGACAGAGACAGACAGACAGACAGACAGACAGACAGACAGACACAGAGA